AACGUCAUUACGUUGCAGGUUUGAUGGAUCCAUCCAGAUCUGGCUCCUCCCCACUGUGUGAGUCGCGCAAUAAAAUACCUCGAGCCUGGCUGGGCUUACUGGACUGCUUGGCGCGGGGCAGCUCAAGUCACCCAUGCGGGGCAAGUAAUUAUCACUUUCCACCACAACCUCCAUCCAGUCGAAAGGGAAUAUCAUCGCUCCGCCUGCCAUACACUAUGGCCGACAUAUCCAAGGCCAUUGUGGCGAUCCAGGAGUCGAAGCCGCCGACAACGGACCGGUUCACCUACCUGACUAUCCUCGAAUCGCACCUCUCGCCCGAGAUCCUACCUGCGUUGAACGACAUCCUCCAAGAUGCCCAACUCACUCAGGAUAUCGGCUGGGACAUGGUCGACAUGCUCAUCGCUCUCCCCGGCUGCGAGCCCUGUCUCGAGACCAUAGCGCGGCUGGGCAACCCGCGCGAGGUGAUAUUGAAGGUCCUCGAGGUGCUGGAAUCUCUCCAGCAGGACGAGGGCUACGAGAGCGACGACGAGCGAGCCGAACCACCACCUACCCCUUCCCCCCCACCGACGCAGAAGUUCAUCACCCUAGUCGGCAUGCUCGCCAUCCUUCACGGCCGGAUCAAGACGAAGUACCCGUCUCGCUUCCUGGCUACUACCCUGCAGACCGUCUUUCACACGUACCGCCCUACCCCAGACAUCACCGCCUCGGUCAUCAACCUCAUUCACAGCCUCUCUGGCCGCCGCCGGCCGUCUCUCCCCACGAGGAAGUCUAGCGUCAACGUUGCGAAUCCCGACAAGGACGGCGAUACGUCUAAGAACGCCCCCGACCCGGAGGCGGACAAGGACGAGGCGGCGGACCCGACCGAGGAAGAGCUACAGGGAAAACUGCUGCUUAGUUUCGUGACGUGCAUCCUGGAAUCCUACGUCAAUGGCAACAAUAUGAUGUGGGCUCCGAGGCUGCUCGAGUACUACAACCCGACGAAGCUGGUACCGGGGAAGAGAAGUGCCCUGCAGGCCUUCCGCGAGGACCAGGAGCUUCUGGCCCGGGAUGCCGUUGUCGGCCAGUUGGUCGCUCUGACGAGAGACCUUGGCCUGUCGAAGUGCUCUCCCACCCUCGUCAAGCAGCUUAUCGAGGGCCCAAUGCAGAAUGAGCCCCUCGUCGAUACGGAGGAUAUCUCGAGUCUGGAUGACAUUCCUCUCUCGACCGGAGGCUCUGUCUGCCUGCUUGCGUACUGGGUGUUCUCGUCAACGGUAUUCGACGCCGACCAGCCCAAGCCCGACAUCUACGUCUUUCCGGAGCACUUCGCCCUUCUCGAUCAACUACUUCAAGACAACGCACAGUCCCUGAUACACAGCACUCCGGGGACAGUUGAGGCCACCGUCGCCAUCGGCCUCUGGCUCGAAGACAACAAGCGGAUCUCGGCCGCUCCCACAAAUUCCCCGUUGAGAUCGUCAGAGACGGCGCCCAAGGACCCGACGGCCAGUUUCAUGAGCUACCUCCACCUCCUGACUCUGAUCGCCGUGUACCACCCGUUCCUCCCCGUCCGGAACGCCGCCAGCGCCCUCGCAGGCGCAAUCCUGCACGCCGACCCCGACGACGACGACCGCCUCCGCAUCCUGGAGGACCUCCUCGAGAACUGCAUGUUCGCGCAGCUCAAGGCCUGCGCCGUGACCUGGCUGCGCGAGGAGCUCAACGCCGCCGCGUCCGCGGCCGGCGGCCCGCCCAACGUCUUCGCCGGCCCCGAGGCCCUCGAGGCGGUCCAGUACGUCGUCUUCCCCGACCUCGCCUUCCUGGCGGAGCUCGACGCGGCGGGCCUGCGCGAGCACUGGGCCGCCAACGCGCCCUUCGUCCUGCAGGCCGUCAACCUCGCCCUGUUCCUCUGGGGCAGCAAGACCGACGGCUUCGCGGCCGCCGUCCCGGCCGGGAUGAACGCCGCCGUCGCCGCGAGGUGGGCCGCGCCGCUGUGGAGGGCCGCCGAGUCGAUGGCCGCGGCGGCCGAAGGGGCGGACGGGGAGGGCGGUGGACCGCCGAGGAUGGAGCUCGAGGUCUUGAGGGAGAGGCUGAGGCGGCUGGCUGGCACGGAGGCGUUUAAGUCGUUGGGUCUGGGGGAGGCGGAGAGCACGUAGGUUACUUUGCGGGACAGGAGAGGUCAAGGGUGAGAGACCCGGGCGAGAUUGGGGGCGAGAGGUUCUGCUUGCUUGUAUGGAUUUUGCAUGAUAAUUUCGACGACGGCUAUGACCUUGGCACCUUGUUUUUUCCUCUACUAGGAUCGGAGAUAUCGAGAUCUGGGCGCAUGGACGAGAGGUAAUAGGGAGGGGAUAUAGGCAACUCUUGUGUAUAAAACUGAGAUAUUGGCACCCAGCCUGGUUCGAGGAAUUUGACGGUGCGAUUCAUUGCUGUUCGCCCUAGCAUUCAUUCCAGAUGCCUGAGCUUGAACUGCCUGCAAAGGAACUGGUGUCUACGCCGUUCGGGGCAACGCUGGCGCUACAACAGCUGCCCUUGCGCAGUAUCUUCCUCCGAGGUACAGGGAUUCACUAUUAUCUCAUGGAGAAUUAACAGGCACUGCCUUACGGAAAAU